CCCCACAGCACCCCCAACCCCGCCGAUUUUGGGGUGCCAGCCCCUCCCCCCAGUUUCAGCAUGGACACGUCGGAGCCGGGCAGCGCUGCCGAGGACGAGGAGGAGAAGGUUCCAGAAGUUCGGCCCCGCACCCGCUCCAACCCCGAGGGCGCCGAGGACCGAGCCCCGAGCGGGCCGGGCAGCGCCGGGAACCGGGGGGAGGCUCCGGGGAACCGGGGGGAGGCCCCGGGGAACCGGGGGGAGGCCCCGGGGAACCGGAGCGAGGGCGAGGGGGAGGCGGCCAGCGCCGGGCACAGCCCCCCCGGGCAGCCUGGCACGGCCUGGCACGGCCCGGGCAGCGGGCAGCACGGGCAGCACGGGGAGGUGACCGUGAGAACACCGCGGGUGAACUGCCCCGAGAAGGUGAUCAUCUGCCUGGACCUGGCUGAGGAGAUGGCAGUGCCCAAACUGGAGUCCUUCAACGGGUGCCGCAGCAACGCGCUGACGGUGGCGCAGAAGAUGAUCGAGAUGUUCGUCAGGACCAAACACAAAAUCGACAAAAGCCACGAGUUCGCCCUGGUGGUGGUGAACAACGACGCCACCUGGCUCUCGGGGUUCACGUCAGACCCCCGCGAGGUUUGCAGCUGCCUCUACGACCUGGACACCGUCGUGUGCCAGUCCUUCAAUCUGGACGGACUCUUCAACCUCAUCCAGCAGAAGGUGGAGCUGCCGGUGACCGACAAUGUCCAGACCAUCCCCCCGCCCUUCGUGGUCAGAACCAUCCUGGUGUUCGGGCGCCCGCGCUGCCAGCCCCACUUCUGUGGGGGGGAGCCCGUCAAGAAGCUGCUGCAGUGCCCCUAUUUCUUCUUCGACGUCGUUUACAUCCACAACGGGGCCGACGAGAAGGAAGACGAGAGCAGCUGGAAGGACAUGUUUGGGUUCUUUGGCAGCCUGGACACCAAGGGCACCAGCUACAAGUACGAGGUGGCGCUGGCGGGGCCGGCGCUGGAGCUGCACAACUGCAUGGCCAAGCUGCUGGCGCAUCCCCUGCAACGGCCCUGCCAGAGCCACGCCUGCUACGGGCUGCUGGACGGCGGGGACAGCCCCGAGGGGGACAGGGACACCAGCUGAGGGGACAGGGACAGGCCAUGGGGACAGCCCCGAGGGGGAUAGGGACACCAGCUGAGGGGACGGGGACAGCCCCGAGGGGGACAGGGACACCAGCUGAGGGGACAGGGACAGGUCACGGGGACAGCCCCGAGGGGGACAGGGACACCAGCUGAGGGGACGGGGACAGGCCACGGGGACAGCCCCGAGGGGGAUAGGGACAGGCCACGGGGACAGCCCCGAGGGGGACAGGGACACGCCACGGGGACAGCCCCUAGGGGGACAGGGACACGCCACGGGGACAGCCCCUAGGGGGACAGGGACACCAGCUGAGGGGACAGGGACACGCCACGGGGACAGCCCCGAGGGGGACGGGGACACCAGCUGAGGGGACGGGGACAGGCCAUGGGGACAGCCCCGAGGGGGACAGGGACACCAGCUGAGGGGACGGGGACACACCACGGGGACAGCCCCGAGGGGGACAGGGACACCAGCUGAGGGGACAGGGACAUGCCACGGGGACAGCCCCGAGGGGGACAGGGACAUCAGCUAUGGGGACGGGGACAGGCCAUGGGGACAGCCCCGAGGGGGACAGGGACACCAGCUGAGGGGACAGGGACAGCCCCGAGGGGGACAGGGACACCAGCUGAGGGGACAGGGAUAGGCCAUGGGGACAGCCCCGAGGGGGACAGGGAUAGGCCAUGGGGACAGCCCCGAGGGGGACGGGGACACCAGCUGAGGGGAUGGGGACAGGCCACGGGGACAGCCCCGAGGGGGACAGGGACACCAGCUGAGGGGACAGGGCUGCUACCCUCUGAGGGGACAGCCCCGAGGGGGAAGCCACCAACUGAGGGGACAGGCUACCCCUGGGAGGACAGGCCACCUCCUGAGGGGACAGCCCUGCCACUCCUGAGGGGAUAGCCCUGCCACCAACUGAGGGGACAGUCCUGAGGGAAGGGACAGCCCUGAGGGCAAAGCCACCCCCUGAGGGGACAGUCCCACCCCUGAGGGGACAGUCCCACCCUCUGAAGGGACAGUCCCACCCCCUGAGGGGACAGUCCCACCCCCUGAGGGGACAGCCCUGACAGAGGGGACAGCUCUGAGGGCCAGGCCACCCCCUGAGGGGACAGCUCCGAGAGAGGGGACAGCCCUGCCAGCGAGGCCACCCUCUGAGGGGACAGCCCCGCCCCGUGAGGGGACAGGCCACCCCGAGGCGACAGCCCUGCCCUGUGACAAAGGCCAGUCCCCGUUUUUAGGACAUAUGUCGCAGCAGCGAUGGCAUUGGUGGGAAAAAUGCAGAUUUGGGUGGUUGGGGUUCGGGACAGGAGGAGAAAAUAAAACCCGAGGGGUGUGGGUGA